AUGCAAGAUGUGUCAGAAUUAGGUGAGCUUACGCCGGAGGAGCUCUUCGCAGGCUUGGAUUUUGGAUCAGGUAUUCAGGUCAGCAGAUCCAAGUCUAGAAGCAAGUCUGCCGAGGACGAAACGUUGCCCGAAUCACAAGUAAUAUCUUCUUAUGAAAGUGAUCCUAAGGUUGACGCAACGGCGAUUGCAAAUGUCAGCUCUAGCACAGUUCUGGAAAGUGAUGAUGACCAGCCAGCAUUUGUUGUUACCCACUCCUACCUGGAAGACAAAAUCGAAAAUGGGCGACCAACGUCGAUCCGCGUUGCGAUCAGGCCAUCGUACCAACACUCACCGUUGCGAGAGUCUCAUUCUGCACCGUUUCGAUAUUCAGCCGAAGUGCUCCAUACAAUGGAAGUUGGAGAUCUUCUUAUUACAGUGGAUGCUGGGAAUUCUGGCAAGCGAGUGGCGUAUGAUCCACCACUCAACCCAACCCCAUGCUCCUCAGUCAGCAGCAGACUCCGCUCUAUGUCAUCGCUGCGCAGAAGAAUCAUCAGCCAGGGAGCAGAGAGCAUCAGAAGCAACGACAAUAGUUCAGAUAGAAUGUCAAUGUCCAGCGUCAAUGGCGGAUCAGCACGGAGCAUAGCUAUGGACUGGGAUCCUGUUGUCAGUGAUAUCCAAGAAGGCGUUGCGGUGUGA